UCUGACAAGACAUAGAGGGUGGUGUAAUCUAUUUGCUAUUGUCUCGUUUCAAUUGGAAACUGAAGGAAACCAAAGAUCACGUGAUAUUUUAACAACAUAAUUGGUUUUACCCAUAAGCCAUGCCUUUUCAUCGUUACACGCACGCGGUAAUGUGCCGAAUUCCCCUUUCGCUUCGUACGAGAGGCGAGGUCACGUUAGACGAAGCUAGAACACAACAUUUGGCGUUGGCUCAGCUUUUGCGAGAACUCGACAUCGAUGUCGUGGAAAUGCCGCCGGACGAAAAUUCGCCGCUCUGUGUUUUUGUCGAAGACAUUGCUGUCGUCUGCAAUGGUAUCGCGCUGAUAGCACGGCCGAACGAGUCGUCUCGGAUAAAAGAGAUUGAGACAAUUAGGGCUGUGUUAAAGAAGGAAUUGGAGAUCCCACUUAUAGAAAUUGCGGACAAAAAUGCUCGUCUCGAUGGAGGAGAUGUGUUAUUCACUGGUCGAGAAUUCUUUGUUGGACUGUCUCAUUAUACAAAUGAAGCAGGUGCAAGGGCUGUUGCAGCAGCAUUCCCAGAAUAUCCCUGUGUACCUAUUAAGGUCGCUGAAUCUAAACGUCUGAAAGCUUUAGUCACUAUGGCUGGUCCAGACAUUAUCUGCGUUGGUGCUGGGAAAGAAUCACAGGAAGUCUUGAAGAGAAUUGAAAGGGAGGCAACGUACAGUUAUCAAACGUUAACCGUCCCCGAAGAUGUUGCCGCGAAUGUACUUUACGUGAAUGGGACAUUAAUUCAUCGAUCAGAAGACGAGAUUCCACAAUCAAGUAAGGUGUUCGCAGAGAAAAUUGAAUUUCCAACCAGGUCUUUACACUUGUCUGAAUUAGCGAAAGUCAGUUCUGGUUUAACAUCUUGUUGCUUAUUGGUACGUAGACCCAGACAUAUUCGCAGUAUCUAA